AGCUCUCUGCUGCGGACAUCCAGUGGCACUACGUUGUUGAUCAGCGUCAGCAAUGGAUAACAGCAGCUCGGCGUUCUACCUCUCCACGUUCGAAGCAUCCUACUCCGUGCAGAUGGUCAUUUUUGGCCUCUGCCUGCCGCUCUAUGUGGCCACAGUUGUAGCCAACCUGCUGGUCUUCUUGGCGGUGCUCAUGUGCCCCGAGCUGCGCAAGCCCAUGUACUUGUUCCUGGGAAACAUGGCGGUGGCCGACAUCGUCGGCUGUACAAGCAUCGUGCCCAAGCAGCUGCAAAUCCUGCUGACGGGCGACGGCGAAAUCCUGCGCGAGUCUUGCUUCGUGCAGAUGUUUUGCCUUCACGUGUUCUGUAACGUCGAGGUGCUGACGCUAUCGGUCAUGGCUUUUGACCGUUAUGUGGCCAUCUGUCACCCGCUGCGCUACCACACCAUCAUCACAGCCAAGAAGACGCUCGGUGUGCUGAUGCUGAUGUGGACGGUCACCUCGGCGGUUUUUGGGACCCUCACAUUCCUCGCCGCGCAGCUAAAAUUCGGCAAUAAUCGGAAAAUCCAAGGAAUUUUGUGCGAUAACAUGGGAAUGAUUUUGUUGGCUGAAUCGGACACCAAUAUUAGUUAUGUAUACGGCUCGAUACUCAUGCUGCUCUUCUUUAUCUUACCACUUGUUUUCAUAAGCUACAGCUACUUAAAUAUAUUUAUUGAGUGUCGCAUUAAACGAUCUACUGAGAUUACCAAGCACGGUUUGAACACUUUGCUGACGCACUUCUUGGCGCUGUCGAUGUUUUUUUUCGCGAUUUUUGUUUCCGCCUUAACACCUCGUUUCAUCAAAGAUUUCAACACCCCCGCUCUGCGAAACAUGAGGUGCCUUUUCCAGUUCGGUGCGUUUAUUGUGCCGAUGGCGAAUGUGCUGAUCUACUGUAUACGCACCAAACAGCUAAGGAAAGGAAUGAGGAUGUGUUGUAAAAAUGCAUUCUUUGGUACACUUUUUCCAACAUUUUCAAAAGUCUCAAAUGUAAGUUAAAUUCAAUUUUCAAGAGAACCGACCGUAGGACACCAUAUAUAAGAACUGGAAAACUUCCAUUGUUAGAAUGUUAGUUAGCAAGCUACUGUAAUCAUGUAUCCUUAAGCUUACAUUUUAAUGAAGACAUACACAGGAGUGGCAAGUUAUACGAGAGCUCAUCUCUUACCCUCCAUGCCCCCACCUCCACCAACUUACACUGACGAGAAUGGCCAAGUAUAGUCAAAAGAUCCAACGAUCGACAGUGUGGGAAGGCUUUCAUUCACUGAUUUAUUGAGAAUGCUUGGAAUGAUGUUUACACAAAUAUCACGCACAUGUCCUUUGCAAUACUUACGUAAGGAAUCACUGCUUAAGUGUAACAUUCGAGUGCGAUGUGUAACCGUGCAUUAUGGUGUUGAGUUAAACAAUACCGUAUGAAUGCUGAUACAUUUACUGUAAAUGUGUUCAAUUGUUUAAAACAUGUUUUUUAGUUUGCUUAGUUUUGAGCUGCAUUUGUUGACAAUUGUUUUUUGAGUACAGGCAGAGCUCGCCGAACGUUACGUUCUUGGAAAAUGCCGUGGUGGGCAAAAUGCGUUCGACAAAUAAUAGACGUUACGGGGAAAAUCGAGUUGUGUUCCUUGGUUAUAAAUGAUCACUCCCUCAUUGUUUAACUAAUGCUCCGAUG